UGUGGUCUCUGAACAGCUGACACCAGAAGAAGAACUCCAGCUCUUCUAUUAAUAGCAGUAUCCCUCAGAGUCUCAGACCCGCUUCACCCGUCUCACCACAACCACCCGUCUCACCUCCGUCCGUCAUGCCCAGCAGCCAGGCCCGGUCCCGGGCCAGAGACCGGAACAAUGUCCUGAACCGACCCGAGUUCCUGUCUCUGAACCAGCCCUUCAGCAGGGAGCAUGGGGGUGGAGGUGCUCGAAGAGCCAGCAGACCGCACAGUCAGCAGGAGGACUUGGGGGGGAGGGGUCCCAGGGACUCUUCAGAUGGGGUCCCGGUUCCUGAUGGGGAGGCAAAGGAGGAUUGUAUGCAGCUGAACCCGUCGUUUGGGGGCAUCGCCAUCAGCUCCCUGCUGGCCAUCGACAUUAGCCUGUCUAAGCGUCUGGGGGUCUGCGUGGGGACACGGGGGUCCGGGGCUCCCAUGAGGUCCAUGGUGGUCCUGCUGUCCCUCAGUGGACACGCCUUUACCUGGUUCUGUGGGGCGCUGAUCUGCCUGUGGAGGAGCAACACGCUGGCAGGACAGGAGGUCCUGGUGAACCUGCUGCUGGCUCUGACCCUUGACCUGAUGACAAUCGCCGGCGUGCAGAAGUUGGUGAAGCGCAGAGGACCCUGGGACUUCCCGCCGGGGUUCCUGGACUACGUUGCCAUGGAUACGUAUUCUUUCCCAGCAGCCCACGCCAGCCGGGCCGUCAUGGUGUCCAACUUCCUGUUGACUCACCUGGUGCUGGCGGUGCCCCUCAGGAUCCUGCUCUACCUGUGGGCCGUCCUGGCGGGCGUGUCUCGGGUGCUGUUGGGUAAACACCACCUGUCGGACGUCGGCUGUGGCUUCGCCCUGGGCCUCCUGCACUUCAGCCUGGUGGAGUCCGUGUGGCUGGACUCCGACACCUGCCAGACCCUCAUCUCCAUCGGCACGCUGCGCUGGACUCCGCUCAUCUGAACUGGUCUGGACCAGCUCUGCAGUACUGCACACGUUUUUUUUUUAAUUAGCCUGUCUGGACUCGAUCCUCCAUUGAGGCCAGUUUGGACUUCACGUUGAGAAACUCCAUGACGACUGAUUUCGGGGAGUCUUGGGAGCUGCUUCAGAUAGUGGUUCAAAGAUGCUGUAAAGACAUUAAGCGCCUCCCCUCCCAGUGGACAACCAGUAAGCCCCUCCCAGUGGACUACCUUUAAACCCCCACCCUGCUGCACUACGCUGAUGGAUAUUCUAUAUUGAUGUAUAGAUAUUUUGACGCGUUUCAUCACAGUUCAGUCAUAUACUAACGCUGACAGAACAGAUAAAUGAAGUUCUUUAGCAGCAAAACAAACAGAAAACGGUUUAAAUCUGAUAUUAAAUAAAAUCCUUUCAUCCAUC